GUCGCCAUAUUGGAUUAUCAACACGUGCAGAACUAUUUUACUAAUAUUAGCAAGCAUGGCGAGUUUUGGACAUGUUAUGGAACUUGUAGGAAAGGUUGCGAACCGAUUCAUUGUCAUAUCCGUAGGAUUUGGUAUCGGUGGACUUUUUAUUUACAAAAACGCGGCCGAGGCCUUCCCGAAUCAAGUGUGCAAACCUAUCGUUGGCCUGAAGGACGAAGAUGGCAGCCUUUUGAAAGUCCCUGAGCGAAUAAGAACACAGUUCGAUGUAGUGUUGAAUAAGCUUGGUUACACGAAUGCCAACAAGAUAAGCUUGUUCAUAAAUCAGGGUGUACAUCCGAUGUCGGUGGGUUCAACUUCCUUUCCAAACGGAGCUGUUGUAAGCUUGCCAAAAUGGUACAUUUUUGAGAAUUACAAAGACAUAGAAACGUGUGGAAUUACGUUUCAAGGAAGGGACAUCAGAUGGGAUUCUGAACUGGGUAUAAAGAUCAAAGAAUGUUUGCUGCCUAGUGAUGAAAUGAUAGCUUUUUGCAUCGCGCACGAGGUUGCUCAAACGCAGCGAUUGGAUUACAAGGCUAUCAAUGCCGUCCUUGCACCAACGUGGUUGUACUUGACAUAUAAGCUCGCCUACAUUGGCCCAAGGAUGUUGCAGCUUCACACAGUGCUGGAUAUACUCUUUAAGCUUGUCCUUUGUCGUUUGAGCUAUCUUUGCUACAAACAAGUGCACAUGAAACUAUAUCAUGAUGUAGUUUACCAGGCUGAUGUUAUGGCUGCAAAGUGUGAGCCUAGAAUGCUUCAAGGUGGGAUAGAUGUAUUCACUAAGAAGAUAGAGUUGAACCGCAUUCGACGCAGACUGAUGGGGAGGAAAGGACAGAACUGUUUUACAGAGGAAGGGAAUGACAUUGAAUCUCGCAUAUACCCUCUAUUGACUGACAGGCUUAAGCGAUUGAAGGACUUAGAAAGAGAGGUUACAAGUUUUUCAAAUGGUGAUCAAGCUGAACAUAGUGAAAGCAGCUGACAAACACAAGCAUCCUCCACAUUCUUGUCCUUCGGCAGUGAUUUGGUGUUUAGUCCCAGCAAAUCUUGUUACCUUUGACCCUUUAACCCCUAAGGGUGACCAGCAUCUAAUUUCUCCUUACUGUAAUAUUGCUGAAUUAAAAAUUAAGAUCAUGAGAAAUAGAAAAAGAUCACCAAGCUAAGAGGCUGUGAUUGUGAAUUUAAUUCUCCUUGUCAGUCGCAAAGGAAAUGUAUAGAAA